AUGGCGCACCCACAAACAGCAUUCGCAUCCCAAGCGCAAGGCAACUCAGGCUACUCGCCGCUCAACAUCCUCUGGCUACUCCACACAGCCAUGGAAGGACCCUUGGCUUUCAUUGCGCUCUUCUUCACCGAUGGACUCGCAUUCAAGGAUGAGAUCACCAACACUAUGGCUGUUGUCAUCAAGAUGUAUGCAACACUAGCUCUCUCCCUAGCUAUUGUCUCGCUUUUGCUUUACGGUCUUCCCGACUACCUUCCAGGCAAGCGUGCCGCAGCUAUUCUUCUGCUGCUUUACCACGGUGUCGCAUCUUCUGUGCUGCUCAAUGCUGAGCCAUUUGUGGACUUUGCUUUCCCGGACAAGCUCGCCAAGCAAGGUGUUAGGGUGGAGACAGUCUUUGGUGUGGCACAUGGAUUGUUGUCGCUCUUGACUGUUUCGUGGUGGCAAGCCUCACUGGCAAGUGUCAAGGCUCAGAGUGGAAGCACUGGUGGGCCUGCUGGCGGGUCGAAGGGUGGAAAGCGAAAGUAA